GGAAGUAAAGUGUAAAUAGAGUAGCGAGGAAAGGCAGGCUGCGAAAGUCAUUUAACUACAAGUAAAUAAUAAUAAUGUCCUUAACGGUUUUGACAUCUGUAUCCAGACUCAAAUCCGUUUGCAGACUUCAUCGAAUCCAGGGUCACAUGAUGUCGAGUCAUGUGGAACCCGAGGUUCUCCUGGAGAAAGUGGGCAGGGCCGGUGUGAUCACCAUGAACAGACCCAAAGUCCUCAAUGCCCUCAACCUCACUAUGAUCCGACAAAUCUACCCUCAGCUCAAGAAAUGGGAAAAGGACAGCGAAACACACAUUGUGAUUAUUAAAGGAACAGGUGGAAAGGCCUUUUGUGCUGGUGGAGACAUCAGAGCGGUCACAGAAGCAGGAAAGGUCGGGGACUCUCUUGCACAGGACUUUUUUCGUGAGGAAUACUUCCUGAACAACGCCAUAGGUACAUACAGGAAGCCGUAUAUUGCUAUUAUUGAUGGCAUAACAAUGGGAGGGGGUGUAGGUCUAUCAGUUCAUGGACGGUUUCGAGUGGCCACUGAAAAGACGUUGUUUGCCAUGCCAGAGACUGCCAUCGGGCUUUUUCCUGACGUUGGAGGUGGCUAUUUUCUGCCGAGGCUCCGGGGAAAGCUGGGACUUUUUCUCGCCUUGACAGGCUUCCGACUCAAGGGACGUGACGUGCAAAGAGCUGGAGUCGCCACACACUUUGUGGAAUCAAAGAAGAUCCCAGACCUGGAGAAAGAGCUUGUGGACUUGAAGUCUCCCUCUGAUGGAGAUGUCUCCAAAGUGCUCGAGUCCUACCAGAAUCAGAGCAGUCUGGACUCUGAGAAGCCUUUUGUUUUGGACAAACAUGUUUCUGAUAUUGACAGGCUGUUCAGCUCCAGCAGUGUGGAGGGAAUCAUGCAGAACCUGAAAGCAGAUGGUUCAGAGUUUGCUAGGAAACAAGCUGAGACCUUGUCCAAAAUGUCGCCUACGUCCCUGAAGAUCACAUACAGGCAGCUGCAGGCGGGUGCGACCCUGAGCCUGCAGGACGUGUUGGUGAUGGAGUAUCGCCUGACUCAGGCCUGCAUGAGAGGCUGUGAUUUCUAUGAGGGGGUGCGAGCUGUGCUGGUUGAUAAAGACCAGAAUCCGAAGUGGAAGCCAGCAACGCUGGAGGAGGUGUCCGACCAGAGCGUGGACCAGUGCUUUUCCUCACUGGGAGAGAAGGAUCUGACUUUCUGAUGCUUGUCAGCCUGCAGCUGCUUCCCACCUUCAAGCACACACCGCUCAGCUUGUCUAAACAGCCACUUCCUGUGCUCUCAUCCUUUCAUGGUCAGUCCUUUCAGAGGACAGAGAUGCUGCUAACACACACACACACACACAGGCCGUAUACUGAAACAAACUGAGUCUGUGCUGUUAGGGUAGCGUUAGGGUAGCAUGCUAACAUCAUCUGAUUUUUGUGAUGUUUUACAGAGAAAAAUAAAUAAAUAACUGAACUGUUUUUCUGAUUCGUGGUUCAAAGUCAGCCUGGUCAUCUACAGUGUUUGGUGGAAGUGGAGUUGUUUUCAUGUGUUGCACAAUAACAACUCUGUUAUGCUGCAGACUGAAGGAAACUACAGCAACAUUAACAGGAGGACAUGAGAGGGGGAAAUGAUCUCACCGCUAAGUGCUUCAUUACAUUUCUCGUGGGUGUUUGUUGAUGUGACACAGAUUAUUUUAAUUUUUAUUUCAGUAAUGUCCUUCGAUGCAGAUUACAGAUUGUCCUGUUUUUGUUUCCUGUCUUUUUUCCCUUCAAGUGCUAUCUGUAAUUGUUUUUAUUGAUUUCAUGAGUUUUGAAUCAAUUAAAAGACAAAUACAGUUUUAAUAAACUUA